AUCUUUCUUUUCUCCAUCUAACCACCCUCUCUUUACUACUACGAAACUCUCUUCUUCUUAUCCCCAUUUUCCUCCACACUCUUCUAUGCUCAAAGCACUUCUCCACUAUUCAGCUACCCGUACUGUUAAGUUCUCCUCGUUGAUACGGAGAGACUGCCCUUGUCCAAGCUCCUUCUUGGCCUCAUUUUGUCGGCCUUUACCUUUCUUGAUCGUUUUCCCUCGCUCUGUCGUUGCUUGUUUUCACAGGCACACGGUCGUCGCUAUGGCUGAACGUCCUACAGAAACCACGUCCACUUCUCACAAGUACACCAAUCGUCUUGCUGCUGAGCACAGCCCUUAUCUCCUCCAACAUGCCCAUAACCCGGUUGAUUGGUAUCCGUGGGGGGAAGAAGCUUUCGCUGAAGCGCGCAAAAGAGACGUGCCCAUCUUUUUAUCGAUUGGAUACAGCACCUGCCAUUGGUGUCAUGUUAUGGAGGUGGAAUCUUUUGAGGAUGAAGGAGUCGCCAAAUUGUUGAAUGAUUGGUUUGUUAGUAUUAAGGUCGAUCGAGAGGAAAGACCCGACGUUGAUAAGGUUUAUAUGACAUUCGUGCAAGCAUUAUAUGGUGGUGGAGGAUGGCCACUUAGCGUCUUCCUUUCACCUGAUUUGAAACCUUUGAUGGGUGGGACUUACUUCCCCCCAGAUGAUAAUUAUGGAAGACCAGGAUUUAAGACCAUACUCAGAAAGGUGAAGGAUGCUUGGGACAACAAGAGAGAUAUGCUUACUAAGAGUGGAGCCUUUGCUAUUGAGCAGCUAUCUGAAGCAUUAUCAGCAAGUGCAAGUACAAACAAAUUGCCAGAUGGACUUCCACAAAAUGCUUUGCAAUUAUGUGCAGAGCAAUUUUCUCAAAGUUAUGAUUCCAGGUAUGGUGGAUUUGGAUCUGCUCCAAAGUUUCCGAGACCAGUUGAGAUCCAACUGAUGCUUUACCAUUCAAAAAAAUUGGAGGAUACUGGGAAACAGGGUGAAGCAAAGGAAGGUCAGAAGAUGGUUUUCUUUAGCUUGCAAUGCAUGGCAAAAGGAGGCAUUCAUGAUCACAUUGGAGGUGGCUUUCACAGAUAUAGUGUGGAUGAACGAUGGCAUGUUCCUCAUUUUGAGAAAAUGCUGUAUGAUCAAGGGCAACUUGCUAAUGUUUACUCGGAUGCUUUCUCCAUUACCAAUGAUGUCUUCUAUUCACUUGUAUCCCGGGAUGUUCUUGAUUAUUUGAGGAGAGAGAUGAUAGGACCAGAGGGUGAAAUCUUUUCAGCAGAGGAUGCUGACAGUGCUGAGCAUGAAGGUGCUAAAGAGAAAAAGGAGGGAGCCUUUUAUGUAUGGACCAGUAAAGAGAUUGAUGACAUCCUUGGAGGGCAUGCAACACUUUUUAAGGAUCAUUAUUACAUAAAGCUGCUGGGAAAUUGUGACCUUUCUAGGAUGAGUGAUCCUCAUAAUGAAUUUAAGGGGAAAAAUGUGCUUAUUGAAUUAAAUGAUACCUCGGCAUUGGCAUCAAAACUUGGCUUGCCCAUCUCAAAAUAUCUUGAUAUUCUGGGUGAAUGUAAGCAAAAGCUUUUUGAUGUGAGAUCAAAACGUCCUAGGCCACAUUUGGAUGAUAAGGUAAUUGUAUCAUGGAAUGGGCUUGCAAUUUCAUCUUUUGCAAGAGCUUCUAAGAUUCUCAAGCGAGAAACUGAUGGCACAAAAUACCACUUUCCUAUUGUUGGCUGUGAUCCCAAGGAGUACUUAGAAGUCGCAGAGAAGGCAGCAACAUUUAUCAGAAGACAUCUUUAUAAUGAACAAACAUGCAGGCUACAGCACAGCUUUAGGAAUGGUCCAUCUAAAGCACCUGGGUUCUUGGAUGAUUACGCUUUUCUUAUUUCUGGGCUGCUGGAUCUUUACGAGUUUGGUGGUGGAAUCUACUGGCUAGUGUGGGCAACUGAAUUACAGAAUACACAGGAUGAAAUAUUUCUUGAUAGAGAGGGAGGAGGCUAUUUUAAUACCCCAGGGGAAGACCCUUCAGUUCUCCUCCGAGUAAAGGAGGAUCACGAUGGAGCAGAGCCCUCUGGAAACUCUGUUUCUGCAAUUAAUCUUAUAAGAUUGGCUUCUAUGGUGGCUGGGAGUAAAUCUGAUUAUUACAGGCAGAAUGCAGAGCAUCUGCUGGCGGUUUUCGAGACAAGACUAAAAGACAUGGCUAUGGCAGUUCCUUUGAUGUGUUGUGCAGCAGACUUGAUCUCUGUGCCUUCCCGGAAGCAAGUUGUCUUAGUUGGCCACAGGGAGUCCUUGGAGUUUGAUAAUAUGCUGGCUGCUGCUCAUACAUUAUAUGAUCCCAACAAAACAGUAAUUCAUAUAGAUCCCACUAAAAAUGAAGAAAUGGAAAUUUGGGAAGACAAUAAUAGCAACAUAGCACUCAUGGCAAAGAAUAAUUUUGUUCCAGAUAAGGUGGUGGCUCUGGUCUGUCAAAACUUCACUUGUAGCCCUCCAGUCACCGACCCUAAAGAUCUGGAAGCUUUGCUUUCCAAGAAACCUGCAGCUGUAUGAAGAUCCGAUUGGUACAAGUAUCAAUGGAAAUUGUAGGCAGAUGUUUAUGGUCAUUCUCUCUAGUUGGAAGUAAUGAUGGGGCUAGGGGAUAGAAUUGAUGUAGAUCAUGUACUGUAGUUGAGGUAACUUGGCAGUCCUUUAAUUAAGCAGUAAGUGAUGUGGUUUUGAUUUGAUUUGUGAUAAGUAAGUCCAUAUAGUUCACGUUUUAUAUGUUAACAGAAAUUCUAAUAAGAAUUUAAAAUUUUUUUAUUAUGAAA